ACUCGUAUUGCGGGAUAUGGGUUUCGAGUGUCAUAGAAUAUAGAUACAAAUAUUUAAAAAAUUCUGAAUAUCCAACUCAUAGCCCUCCCUACUUGAUAUACAAGUCAGUAUUUUUUAAUAUAAAUACAACCCUUUACAAAAAAGAAACGCACACGUAUAAAUCGAUCUUUAUAUAAAUUUGAUGAAACUAAAACUAUUUACGUGUAAUCUUAUAAAAAUUACUAUUCACUUAAAUAAUUGUGGCCUUUGACCGCAAUCUUUCAAACAAUCCUUCAAAGAUUUAUUACCGUGUCGAAAACGUCGGCAAGCACGUCACGAUACCCUAUAAAAGCAUCUCCUUCGACGUCACAAUUUUCUCUUCGAGAAUUCCGUUUACCUUCUUUAUAUUCGCUGAUUCCUUUUGUUCAAUUUCCGGGGUUUUCGGUGACUUUUUUCUUUUUUGUGUUCGAUUGUUGUAUGAGUUGGAAUCGAUUGUCAGCGAGAAUGGCGGAUGGAAUCGGUAAGAACGGCCUCGGAUCUUCCACCGCCGCUGCCGCCGGAGCGACGGAUUCUUCAACGGCGGCUAGAUCGAGAUGGAAGCUGCUGUGGCCAACUGCUCUGCGGUGGAUCCCUACCUCCACCGACCAUAUCAUCGCCGCCGAGAAGCGCCUCCUCUCCGUCAUCAAGACGUCGUAUGUUCAAGAGCAAGUCAACAUUGGUACAGGCCCACCUGGGUCCAAAAUCAAGUGGUUUCGUUCUACGAGCAAUGACCCGCGGUUCAUCAACACAGUUACCUUUGAUGCCAAGGAAGGUUCUCCAACACUUGUGAUGGUUCAUGGAUAUGGUGCAUCUCAAGGGUUUUUCUUCCGGAAUUUUGCUGCACUUGCCAGCCGUUUUAGGGUUAUAGCUAUCGAUCAGCUUGGUUGGGGCGGAUCAAGUAGGCCUGACUUCACAUGCAAAAGCACCGAAGAAACUGAGGCAUGGUUUAUUGAUUCCUUUGAGGCGUGGCGUAAAGCUAAAAAUCUCAGCAACUUUAUACUCUUAGGACAUUCUUUUGGGGGGUAUGUCGCCGCCAAAUAUGCACUUAAGCAUCCUGAGCAUGUUCAACACUUAAUAUUGGUGGGACCUGCUGGUUUUUCAUCAGAAUCAGAUGCCUCCGAGCGGCUUACUAAAUUUAGAGCAUCGUGGAAGGGAUCGAUUCUUAACCAUUUAUGGGAGUCUAAUUUCACUCCUCAGAAGCUGGUUAGGGGAUUAGGUCCUUGGGGCCCAGGUCUUGUACAUCGGUAUACAAGUGCAAGAUUCGGUUCAUAUUCGGUGGGAACCAUCUUGACAGAUGAGGAGACCAGAUUGCUAACCCAUUAUGUCUAUCAUACAUUGGCUGCGAAGGCAAGCGGAGAACUGUGUUUGAAGUACAUCUUCUCCUUCGGAGCAUUUGCUCGGAUGCCUCUUUUAAAAAGUGCAUCUGACUGGAAAGUGCCCACAACUUUUAUUUAUGGAUUCGAAGAUUGGAUGAACUAUCAAGGUGCAAUGGAAGCUCGGAAACACAUGAAGGUCCCUUGCGAAAUCAUUCGAGUUCCGCAGGGUGGUCAUUUCGUGUUCAUAGACAACCCCACGGGGUUCCAUUCCGCUGUAUUAUAUGCUUGUCGUAGGUCCCUAUCUUCGGGCCAUGACCAUGAACCCAUCCCUGAGGGUCUUCAAUCGGUUUAGCCUCGAUAUGCUAUAUUUGUAUAUAAAUCCAUGUAUCCGAAAAUAAAGGAGAGGGCAUCAAAACCAACAUCCAUUUCAUCUGCUAACUUGUACUUGUCAUCACUCAUAUGAUAUUUAAAUACGUAUGUAGAUAUGUGUCUGCAUGAUUUGAUGUGAUGGUCUGUGUGAUUUAUAGAUUGUUUUUGGGAUAGAAGCAAAACAUAUUUCCAACCG